AUGGAUAAAUUGAGUGGGAAAACGUCCGAUGCUCGGAAAAAAUCGAAAAGCGUUGAAUUCCAUAUGCCCAUGGUGGGCGAGUCGCUGGGAAAACAUCAAAAGCGACUCGACUCUGAUUUGCUAGCACAGGGGAAACUGGAUUUUAUAAAAUACCUGGAGUCUGUCAAGGGUCAAUUGACACAGGAGCAAUUCGAAUUGAUACGGUCUUCUGCAUUGGAUCAGAAUAAUCUCAUGGCGACUAGUGACAAGCUGCAUGCCAAAAAUAUUGAAACCAAGUUUCUUCUGCUAAAAAGAAGAUUUUACCUAGAUGCAGACAAUGUGGUACGCGACCAUAAAAAUAGUGACAAAACUGUUUGUGAGCCGGACAUGAUAUUUGAUCUGGUAAUCUGCGGGCAUGUAAAAAACGAACACAUGCACUGGCGUCGUCUACACCGUUUUUUGAAAAUGCAGUACGCAAAUGUCACUCGGGACUUUACGCAGUUGUGUUUGCGGUAUUGUUCGAAAUGCAACACAGACAGAAAAAUGCUGCCUCAGCAGAAAUAUCGUCACUACAACAUUUACAGCGGGCUGCUGCCACUGGAAAGAGUCCAUGUUGAAAUAAUUACACCAUUCUCAACCCCCAUUGAGAGCAUGUAUUCCCACCUUUUGUACUUCAGAGAUUACCACUCGCGAUUUGUAUGGAUGCAACCUUUAAAAGGCGAUGACGUUGGAAAUUUGAACGAUGCGCUCUUGACUUUCCUCCUCUCUUUACCUCGAAUCCCCAUGUUUAUUGAGACCAGCACUCUAAACAGACAGGGCCUUUUUGAGAUAUGCGAGAGGAUUGCUAGCGAAUAUGCUCUCACAAUUGGUCUAGGAAUGAGUCGUUCGCGAACUUUUCAGAGAAACGGUAUUACAAGACUGCGACAGCAGCUCAGAGAACACUCAGACCAAUGUCUGGCGGCUUGGCCCAUGUGCUUGAAACGUGGCGCAACUGACCAAAAUCUAGCCUACAACACCAGAGUGCUAGCGAUACCGGGAAAUUUACUGCAUAACACAAUAAGCGAUUACGCACGUCAAUUCGAACUAAAGCGUGAGAAGCUAAUCGAAAAUCUCUCCGCAAGUAACGUUGUGGAAUUGAGAUACAAUGGGCGACGGCAAGGCUUACUGUAUCUUGAAGACGAAACGACUGCUUUCCAGAUGCCCGACGAGGAAUACAUUUCGACUGAGUACGAAACAGAUGGGAAAUGUGACACCCCAGUAGACCAAAUAACGCCAAUAAACUCUUCGCCGCAACCGCACAAGCUCACUGAGCCCUUAUCGUCGGUAUUGAAGACUCGUAUGUUACUGUCGGACAAACCUGACCUGAAUCGAAGUCCAGAAAUCAGCAGGCAACUCUCAUUUGGCCGUGGGGUACAAGAAGAGAAUACCGAAACGUUGUGUAAUGCAUCGAUUGAACUGUAA